ACACAUUUAAAAUAAAUGUGGCGGCAUUUGUAUUUUCGCAAACUUUGCAGCCAUUUUGAGGUAAGAGUAACAUGGUGGACAACGUUUUGCCACCAGGAGCAUCUCAAACUCCUUCGCCUAAACCUGAAGAAACAAUGGCACCGCCUAACUCCAUUGCCGUAGUAUAUGCCAGACUUCCAAUACCACCGAUGGCAAGCACCAACAUAGAGGCCUGGUUUACCUCUAUGGAAUUUUGGUUCACCGCUUCGGGCAUUACGGCUGAUAAGCAGAAAACGGCAACAGUGUUAGCAGCUCUCGACCCAAACGUCCUAAGUCAACUGGGCGACGUCAUUGCAGCGCUGCCACAAAACGACAGUUUCGACUACGUUAAGCAAAAAAUAAUCGAGCAUUUUGCCGAUAGCGAACAGCGGCGACUCAACCGGGUACUCUCGGAGCUACCUCUUGGCGACAAGAAGCCGUCCGAGCUUUUCUUCGAGAUGAGGCGCGUCGCAGGCAAUACUCUUGGUGAUGCUGCUCUCAAAAGCCUCUGGAUUAAGCGUUUACCAGAGUUCGCGCAGCCAGUAGUAGCAGCUUCGUCUGGCUCAGCCGCGGAGUACACGAAGAUAGCCGACACCAUAAUAGACGCCAUCGCACCUCAGCAGCUCAAUCGCGUUAAGUCAACACCCUCCAGCGAGAUUCAUGAAUUACGCGCUGUUGUUAUGGAACUUGGCAAAAAAUUCGACAAGCUCACAACUCGCUCACGCUCGCAAAGUCGUAGGCGAACAAACAUACGACAGAAUUCAAACGCUCGCGACAGCUCUAAAGGGGUUACAUCAUCGCGAGAAUCAUCUUCAGUCCGGGACUGUUGGUAUCAUCUAAAAUACGGCCGAGAUGCUAAGAAAUGCCGCAGUCCUUGCCGCCAGAGCAAACGUGCUCUUCGAGCGGUAUCGUCCGAACCAUCAUGACUGUUGAAGCGCGUGGCGGAUUGCAACGAGUAUCCCGUCACAGAGCGCAAAGUACUUCGUCUGCAGGUGCACGAACGACAUACAGGCAAAACAUUUCUCGUCGACACUGGUGCCGACGUGUCGGUGCUACCCAUCACUGCAAAGCCCUAUGACAUGCGACCAACCG